AAAGUUUGACUGCGAAAAAAAUAGAAACCUCUAUCGCAGUGGCCAUUGCCGUCACCAUUGGCGAUAAUCGCCCCGCGGACGAGGAGACGUAGGCAAACUUGGAAUUCCUGCGAUUGCUUUGAUUUGAUCAACUUACGGAAUAUACGUAAGAUCAUCGAUACGUUCGUAGUGUUUGUUCGUGUUUUGGAGGUUCUGGUUGCCUGGACUAAGGAUGGCCUCAUCGGGUGGAGUGGAUAUUCAGAUCGUGUCUAUGCCGAACUUGCAGAAAAUUGAAAAGUUUAUGCGGGAUUCAUCGUAUCGAGAAACUCUUGAGCUGAGUGCAUCGUUCAACACCCGGCUUUGCGUCGAUCGCCGGAUGCGGUUACCAUUUUUCGAUUCUCAAACCGGUGUAGCCCAGAAUCACAACCGUAGUUUGUAUGUGGCCCAUUGCAAACGAAUGCCCGGACAUCGAGAGGGUCAGCUGUACACAUAUCCGGCCUCACGGUGGCGAAAAUCAAAGAGGCAAUAUUUGACCAAAUUACAAAAUUUGCGACCCUUUAGCAAUCUAAAGGCGGCCGGAGGAGGAUCAACAAACGUAUCAGUAGGGAUUUCAGUGCCAGCUGCAGUUGUACGCGAACCAGGCGAAAUUGCCAGCGAACAGUCCGAUUUUAACGCAACCCUGCUGGAGGAAUCGUCCAUGGGUGCCACAGGCGACACGGACAGUAAAGAUAGUCACCAGAACUCUGCUGUUCAGUCCAAAGAAGAACCUUUGCCUAAGGAUUGGUACUAUGACGAGAUGGCGUUGAACGAUGAUGACCUGGAUGAUGGAGAAGGUGGAGAUUCGGAUUACGAUUACAACGUCAACGGAUACAAACGAAAGGGUAAGAAAAGCAAGCGAUCCUCCGGUGCGGGAAGGCGAUCGAGGUCAAACCAAGCAGCUACCGCUGCUGCUGCCUCAGCGGACUUUGACGCAGCCGGAUCUCCCGGUGGUUCUUCAUCACGCAAAGGGCGAUCCGCGGGUAGCAGUGGCACCAAACGAGGCCGGAAACGAAACGCCAAGGAAUCGACCACGGUUUCAGCGGACAAGGGACUGGAAGAUAGCUUGAACGAGAGUUUAGCAGAACCACCUUCGUUUGACUCGGUGGCAGCUGCGGUGGAUUUUGGGGAAAACGGUGAAAACGGAGCAGGCUUUGGAGGAAAUACGGACCUAAGAAAUUAUCGAAAAUACCUGUAGAAACAAGGUUCUACUUCGGAGGUACCUUUAACAUCAUGAGAAAAUACGACGAAGAAAGUGAGGGUGAUUGUAUUUAUACGAAUGGAUCAAUUCUCUUGAAAGAGAAGAACUAUUACAAAUAUUCAGAUAUUCUCAUCUAUUUUGGUAUAAAACAAUCAACGAAAAAGAUUUUUUUAAAGCAAUUUUCACGAUAUACAUUUGGAAAAAAAAAUAUUUCAAUAUUCUUAUUCUGGUCAUUAAAAAAAUGUUUGUGUUUCCUUAUGUUAUAUAUAGAUGGCAAAAAAAAAUCAACCUAAUUCGUCAACAUUAUUUACCAAAAGUUCAUUAAUCGAACAACAAAUCAGCAGAAAUAAAAACGCAUAACACAGCUCAUUGUCUGUUAAAAUUGGGCUAACCAGAGCUGUCUGUCAGUCAGUCAAAAUUAAGUUUUCGGUCAUAAAUGCUAUGACACCAAGCAUCUUCAUUAGGAUAUAAAUCCAAGGAGGCAUCUGUUUUUUUAAAUGUUUCCAUAGCAUUUGUGCCAGAAACUUGAGCUUGUAUUUUUUGUCGGAAAUUAGCUAUAAUUUGACUCUGUCAUGUUGGGAUAGCUUUGGAAAGUCCAAGUCUAGCAGACUAUUAAAAUGUUGUAUGACCGAAAAUCUAAAUCUUUAUUGUAUGUUUGUAACUGUUAGAACUGUUAUUACUUUUUGAGUGUUCCUUCAUCAACCAUGUACAGAUAUGAAAUAGAACACACACAAUCUACAUAGAUUUUUGUUUGAAGAUUUCACACUUUACUAUUUAGAAUACUUACACACAAACCAACAUUCAUGUAAUUCUUUCACGGACAUCCAUAAACGAAACUGUUAUAAAAUUCUCGUAAACCAAGUUUUCAUUAAAUCUUUAGCUUGCGGGAUGUUGUAAUGUAAAACUCUGUACACACGUCACUAACCAGAAAAAUGACACGAUUGAUGCAAUAGAUGUUGAGUCAUAAAAUCUACAGAAUUAAAAAAAAAUCAUUGUUUAACAAGAAGAAGCAGAAAGCAAAACUGUCAAAGAUCAAAUAUACUACUAACUUUAUGUUGCAAUUAAAUUGAAUUCUUCUUAUUAUAUAUUUACUUAUUCUACAUAUAAUCGUCUGUUUUUCUGCUAUUUCGAGGAAGGUAAAAAAACCACGCAAGAAAAGGUUUUAAACAAAAAAAAAAAAGCACAGCAAAAAUUAAACACUGUAAAUUUAAUAAAGUUAUAAUUGGAUUAAGUGUAGAAGCAUGUAUAGUACUAGAUAUUUAACCAGAAGCCAAUAAAGAAGGAAGUAUUUUCCAUUACUAA